GCCGAAGAGGUCGGCUCGGUCAUGUGAUCAGCUGUGUCCAAUCACAGCUGAUCACAUGGGACAUGUACACUGAUCAUCAGGGCACUGAUGAUGAAUCAGUGUGCCCUGAUGAUCAGUGUGGCCCCAGAAGUGCCACCUGUCAGUGCUCAUCAGUGCCAGUGCCCAUCAGUGCCACGUGCCAGUGCCCAUCAGUGCCACAUGAAUGCCACAUAUCAGUGCAUGCCUGUGCACAUCAAUGCCACAUAUCAGUGCCCAUCUGAGCUGCCUUUCAAUGUCACCGAUCAGUGCCAGUCAGUGCCACCUAUCAAUGCCAAUCAGUGCCACCUAUCAGUG